GCAGGCAGCAAACACGGUGCGAACGAACAGGAGGGGGAAAAAAUAAAAAAAAGCUAAACGUGGAGCAGCCGGCCGGAGAUCGAGCAGGAGAAUCGAUGCGAAAAGCGCAAUAAAAAAGAACCCACUUCGGAGCAAACAGCAUUUAAAAAGCUACGACUCAACUGAAACCUAAAAUAAAACCUGCUCAUGCACCAUGGUUUUUCAAACUCGGCACCCUUCAUGGAUUAUUUUAUGCUACAUCUGGCUGCUCCGCUUUGCACACACCGGGGAAGCGCAGGCUGCAAAGGAAGUACUACUGCUGGAUUCUAAAGCACAACAAACAGAGUUGGAAUGGAUUUCUUCUCCACCCAAUGGGUGGGAGGAAAUCAGCGGUUUGGACGAGAACUAUACCCCGAUCCGAACGUACCAGGUGUGCCAGGUCAUGGAGCCCAACCAAAACAACUGGCUGCGGACUAACUGGAUUUCGAAAGGCAAUGCACAAAGGAUUUUUGUAGAAUUGAAAUUUACCCUGAGGGAUUGUAACAGUCUUCCUGGAGUACUGGGAACUUGCAAGGAAACCUUUAAUUUGUACUAUUAUGAAACAGACUACGACACUGGCAGGAAUAUAAGAGAAAACCUCUAUGUAAAAAUAGACACCAUUGCUGCAGAUGAAAGUUUUACCCAGGGUGACCUUGGUGAAAGAAAGAUGAAGCUUAACACUGAGGUGAGAGAGAUUGGACCUUUGUCCAAAAAGGGAUUCUAUCUUGCCUUUCAGGAUGUAGGGGCUUGCAUAGCUUUGGUUUCUGUCAAAGUAUACUACAAGAAGUGCUGGUCCAUUAUUGAGAAUUUAGCUAUCUUUCCAGAUACAGUGACUGGUUCAGAAUUUUCCUCUUUAGUCGAGGUUCGAGGGACAUGUGUCAGCAGUGCAGAGGAAGAGGCGGAAAACUCCCCCAGGAUGCACUGCAGUGCAGAAGGAGAAUGGUUAGUGCCCAUUGGAAAGUGUAUCUGCAAAGCAGGCUACCAGCAGAAAGGGGACACUUGUGAACCCUGUGGCCGUGGGUUCUACAAAUCUUCCUCUCAAGAUCUCCAGUGCUCUCGUUGUCCCACUCACAGUUUUUCCGAUAAAGAAGGCUCCUCCAGAUGUGAAUGUGAGGAUGGGUAUUACAGGGCUCCAUCUGAUCCACCGUAUGUGGCCUGCACAAGGCCUCCAUCUGCACCACAGAACCUCAUUUUCAACAUCAACCAAACCACAGUAAGUUUGGAAUGGAGUCCUCCAGCUGACAAUGGGGGAAGAAAUGAUGUGACCUACAGAGUAUUGUGUAAGCGGUGCAGUUGGGAGCAGGGCGAGUGCGUUCCCUGUGGGAGUAACAUUGGCUACAUGCCCCAGCAGACCGGAUUAGAGGAUAACUAUGUCACUGUCAUGGACCUGCUAGCCCACGCUAAUUAUACUUUUGAAGUUGAAGCUGUAAAUGGAGUUUCUGACUUAAGCAGAUCCCAGAGGCUCUUUGCGGCUGUCAGUAUCACCACUGGUCAAGCAGCUCCCUCGCAAGUGAGCGGAGUGAUGAAGGAAAGGGUGCUGCAGCGGAGUGUGGAACUUUCCUGGCAGGAGCCCGAGCAUCCCAAUGGAGUCAUCACAGAAUAUGAAAUCAAGUAUUACGAGAAAGAUCAAAGGGAACGGACCUAUUCGACAGUAAAAACCAAGUCCACUUCAGCUUCCAUUAAUAACCUGAAGCCAGGAACAGUGUAUGUUUUCCAGAUUCGGGCUUUUACUGCUGCUGGUUAUGGAAAUUACAGCCCCAGACUUGAUGUUGCUACACUAGAGGAAGCUACAGGUAAAAUGUUUGAAGCAACAGCGGUCUCCAGUGAACAGAAUCCCGUUAUUAUCAUUGCUGUGGUUGCAGUGGCAGGGACCAUCAUUCUGGUGUUCAUGGUCUUUGGCUUCAUCAUUGGGAGAAGGCACUGUGGUUAUAGCAAAGCUGACCAAGAAGGGGAUGAAGAACUUUACUUUCAUUUUAAAUUUCCAGGCACCAAAACCUACAUUGACCCUGAAACCUAUGAGGACCCAAAUAGAGCUGUCCAUCAAUUCGCCAAGGAGCUAGAUGCCUCCUGUAUUAAAAUUGAGCGUGUGAUUGGUGCAGGAGAAUUUGGAGAAGUCUGCAGUGGUCGUCUGAAACUUCCAGGGAAAAGAGAUGUUGCAGUAGCCAUAAAAACCCUCAAAGUUGGUUACACAGAAAAACAAAGGAGAGACUUUUUAUGUGAAGCAAGCAUCAUGGGGCAGUUUGACCACCCAAAUGUCGUCCAUUUGGAAGGGGUGGUUACACGAGGGAAACCAGUCAUGAUAGUAAUAGAAUUCAUGGAAAAUGGAGCCCUAGAUGCAUUUCUCAGGAAACACGACGGGCAAUUUACAGUCAUUCAGUUAGUAGGAAUGCUGAGAGGAAUUGCUGCUGGAAUGAGAUAUUUGGCCGAUAUGGGAUAUGUUCACAGAGACCUUGCAGCUCGCAAUAUUCUUGUCAACAGCAAUCUUGUUUGCAAAGUGUCAGAUUUCGGCCUGUCCCGGGUUAUAGAGGAUGAUCCAGAAGCUGUCUAUACAACGACUGGUGGAAAAAUUCCAGUAAGGUGGACAGCACCUGAAGCCAUCCAGUACCGGAAAUUCACAUCAGCCAGUGAUGUAUGGAGCUAUGGAAUAGUUAUGUGGGAAGUUAUGUCUUAUGGAGAGAGACCUUAUUGGGACAUGUCAAAUCAAGAUGUUAUAAAAGCAAUAGAAGAAGGUUAUCGUUUACCAGCACCCAUGGACUGCCCGGCUGGCCUUCACCAGUUGAUGCUGGAUUGUUGGCAAAAGGAACGUGCUGAAAGGCCAAAAUUUGAACAGAUAGUUGGAAUUCUAGAUAAAAUGAUUCGAAACCCAAAUAGUCUGAAAACACCCCUGGGAACUUGUAGUAGGCCAAUAAGCCCUCUUUUGGAUCAAAACACUCCUGACUUUACUACCUUUUGUUCAGUUGGAGAAUGGCUACAGGCUAUUAAGAUGGAAAGAUAUAAAGAUAACUUCACGGCAGCUGGCUACAACUCCCUUGAAUCUGUGGCCAGGAUGACUAUUGAGGAUGUGAUGAGUUUAGGGAUCACACUGGUUGGCCAUCAAAAGAAAAUCAUGAGCAGCAUUCAGACUAUGAGAGCACAAAUGCUCCAUUUACAUGGAACUGGCAUCCAAGUGUGAUUAGCGUUUCUCCCUUAUGAGGGAGAUCACGGACUGUGAGAGAACAGUACUGGCCUUCGGGAUAUGCAUAAGAAAUGCUGCUAGAAGACAGUUGAUGUCCUGGGUCCUUCCUACAGUGAAGAGAAGAUUUAAGAAGCACCUACAGACUUGAACUCCUAAGUGCCACCAGAACACAUAAAAAGGGAAUUUAGGAUCCACCCCUGGUGGCCAGGAAAACAGCAGUGACAAUAAACAAAGUACUACCUGAAAACAUCCAAACACCUUGAGCUCUCUAACCUCCUUUUUAUCUUAUAGACUUUUUAAAAUGUACAUAAAGAAUUUA